AAUUUUAACGAGGGAGAGAAAUUGUGCGGUCAAGUCGGAGAGACAGUGUUUCGGAAUAUAAAAUAAGGCGGUCUCUCUCUCGCUCAAUCUCUUUCCAUUUCCAAACACUCUUCUUCGUUCUCUCCCGCUUGCGCAUCUCAAAUGCUGUGCAAGGUCAUCUGAGAGCGACGGAGGGAGAGAAACCUUCACGCCUUCCCUCUGGCUGACACCUCACGAUUCCGCCAUUUCAGUUUCAUUCCCCCAAGCAACUGCAUUCUCGUAAUCUUUUAUACAUAUACAUAUACAUUAUAUAUAUAUAUAUAUAUAUAUUUUGGGGGUUCAAGUGGAGAAAGACUGAGAGAGAAGGGUCACAAUGCCUUCCUUUGGGCCUUUCGAUUUGUUUCUCUUCUCUCUCAGCAGAGGCUUGUGCAGUCCGGUCGCUGUUUUCUUUCAGAUCCAGGGAUGUGUAAUUUGCUUAGUCCUUGCUAUUGGGUGGGCUUUUGCUUCUUAUGUCAGGAACAGAGAGAUAAAACAAAUGAAGGAUUGUAUGCAGAAAAAGAACAGCUUUGCUUUCCUUUACCAUGACAUAAAUCAACUCGAGCACUCUAAUCAAGUCAAUCUGCCAAGGGUGACAGUGAUUAUGCCCCUAAAAGGGUUUGGUGAACACAAUUUACAUAAUUGGAGAAGCCAGAUAACAUCUCUUUAUGGUGGCCCUCUAGAAUUUCUUUUUGUGGUAGAAAGUACAGAGGAUCCUGCUUAUCAUGCUGUGUCGCGACUAAUAUCAGAAUUUGAGGAUCACGUUGAUGCUAAGAUUGUUGUAGCUGGUUUGUCAACAACUUGCAGUCAGAAAAUUCACAAUCAAUUGGUUGGAGUGGAGACAAUGCAUAAAGACAGCAAGUAUGUAUUGUUUUUGGAUGAUGAUGUUAGGCUGCAUCCUGGGUCUAUAGGAGCACUCACUAUUGAGAUGGAAAAGAACCCUGAGAUAUUUAUUCAAACUGGAUACCCUCUUGACUUGCCAUCUGGAAGCCUAGGAAGUUACUGCAUCUAUGAAUACCAUAUGCCUUGUUCAAUGGGCUUUGCCACUGGUGGAAAAACAUUCUUUCUAUGGGGAGGGUGCAUGAUGAUGCAUGCUGAUGACUUUAGACUAGACAGAUAUGGUGUAGUUUCAGGACUUAGAGAUGGUGGAUAUUCUGAUGAUAUGACUCUUGCAGCUAUAGCUGGGGCUCACAAAAGGCUCAUUACGUCUCCUCCAGUUGCUGUCUUUCCACACCCCCUUGCAAGUGAUCUUAGUUUUGGAAGGUACUGGAAUUAUUUGAGGAAACAGACUUUUGUUUUGGAGUCGUAUACAACAAAAGUGAACUGGAUGAUGAACCGUGCACUAUUUACUUCCCACUGCUAUCUGUCAUGGGGAUUUGUAGCACCAUAUGUUAUGGCAACAAUUCAUGUUGUGGCAGCACUUAGAUCUCAUGUUAAAGGAUACUCACUCGAAGAAGUGACUCACACUUCUGUUGGGUUGUCACUGGUGAGCUUACAAGCCAUAUGCACUAUAAUAGAACUUCUUUCAAUGUGGAAUUUGACAAGGAUAGAAGUUCAAUUGUUGCAACAUGUUGUCUCCAGAGGCACCCCAACUUUCGCUUGCUUCCUAUAAUUGGUUUCUCGUAAGUGUUCAUUGCAAUGCUGGUGGAUAAUUUUCUAUAUCCUAUCUCUGCUGUUCGUUCUCAUUUUUUCACAGUCUAUCAAUUGGUCUGGCAUUUGGUAUCAUUUGAAAGAUGGAAAAAUAAGCAAG